AUGAAACAGCUGCUCUAUACUCAACAGUAUUCUCAUCAUAACUCGAAAGGUAAUUGUCGAAUAUGUGCUUGGGCAAGUCUUGAUUGUCUUUUAACGUCACUUCCCAUAACACCAUUAUCAUAUUCAUCUAUAAUUAUGCGUUCGAAUGGUAAUCUUUCAAUGACUGAUACUCGUCGUAUAUCUCCACAAACGACAAGCUCGAGUGGCUAUCACAGUGACUUGUCAUCAGCCACGUCAACAAAUGAAUCUCCUCAGUCCAUCCAUGAAAUUUUACCUAUCCAAUAUGAAAAAGCGACUUCAUCCUCAUCAGCUCAAACACAAAAGAAGACACUUACAUUGACAACGAAUUCUACUCACGAUAAAUCUGUAACAAAUAAAAAUCUUUCGCGUCUAUCAAGUUUCAUACGUAAACAAUAUGAACGUGCGAAAUCAAAAUUGACUUCAAAACCACUUUCAUCAUCAACGUACGUACCGACGUCAACUGUACCAACAUGUAGUAAAGCAACAUCGACAACACCAUUAUCGCAUUUGUCAGAAGAGACUUAUACAAUGGCAAGUAAACAAAAUUCGAUAUCUAAUCCCAAGUCUCAUUAUUUAUCAUCCGUUUAUAAACAAAAUUCUUAUACUGAACCGGUUUAUUCUGUGUAUGUUCAACCUAUCAUGAAUAAUAAAGCGAAAAGAACAACACAACAACAACAACAACAGCCACAAUCAUAUAAAAACUACGCUUCCAUACAUGAAUGUUAUUCACAUCAGCCUUCCUAUCGUUAUUCGGCGAUCAAUAACACUUCGCAAUAUUCAUCAUCUUCAUCCUAUCGUCGUUUGGCUACAAUGGCUAAUUUCGAGAACACUAACUAUUAUCGUCGUCAUAAUUAUUAUCCUGCUGAAUUAUCUUCAUCAUAUCUCAAUUAUUAUCCAUAUCGCUAUACAAAUAAAAACUAUGAUUAUAGCCGAUCAAAUUAUGUUUCAUUGAGUGAUACCAUUAGUACGAAAACGAGUGCAUUUACACCUAUCGGACAAAAAGCGAAAAGCAAACAGUUGUACCAGCGUCCGACUUAUAAUAUCUAUGAACAAAUUCCGCCAUCCGAUGAUCCGUGUGAUCUUGAAGUUGCACAAUACUUUCCUCAUACAUCACAAUGGAGUAAUCCGAAUUAUUUUGAUAUUUAUGCGAAAGAUACAAAUAUACAAAAACCGACUUAUGCCGAAACUUUGUGUUAA